UUGUUUUAUUACAGAAAAUGGUCAAUUACAAGCUUACUUACUUCAAUGUUACCGGCUUGGCUGAGCCCAUCAGGCUCCUCUUGCACCAGAGCGGCAUCAAGUUCGAGGACAUAAGGUUCGACUUCGAAGAAUGGCCCAAAAUUAAACCCACCACGCCAUUGGGUCAAGUACCUGUUUUGGAAAUCGAUGGAAAACCCUUUGUUCAAUCGAAGGCUAUCGCUCGUUUCAUCGCAAGGAAGAACAAUC